AUGGCCAUCCGCUUGGACAACCGGCUAAGAGAGAGAGUGUGUAGCCAUCAGCUUGUGAGCCCAGCCCCUGUACGCCCUUUGGCCCAAGUCUUCCAAGAACCCCCCGAACCUAUGCAGCUGGGAAGUACCAGGAUUUCCCCUGCUGAACGUGACUGUCACGUGAGGGAGCGGCACUGCCUUUACUGUGGCCUAACAGGGCACUUUCGAGCUGCCUGUCCCGAGCUCUCGGGAAAAGCCACAUCCUGUGCAGACAGGGAAGGAAAUCAUGAUAACGCCAUCUACCUGGCCAUCAUCAUCCCUAUUAUUGUGGUGUUGUUCCUCGCAUCAGUGAUCACUGUUGUCAUCUUUGUCACCAAAAAGAGGAAUAAUGACAGGUUAGGAAACGGCGUACUCUAUGCUUCUGUGAACCCUGAAUACUUCAGUCCUUUUGAAAUGUAUGUACCAGAUGAAUGGGAAGUGGCACGGGAAAAGAUCACCAUGUGUCGUGAGCUGGGCCAGGGCUCCUUUGGUAUGGUGUAUGAGGGCAUCGCAAAGGGAAUCGUCAAAGAUGAACCAGAGACCAGAGUGGCCAUCAAGACUGUAAAUGAAUCAGCCAGUAUGCGUGAACGUAUCGAGUUCUUGAACGAAGCCUCAGUCAUGAAGGAAUUCAACUGUCACCAUGUGGUGCGACUUCUGGGUGUGGUUUCACAAGGCCAGCCCACUCUAGUUAUAAUGGAGCUGAUGACACGUGGUGAUCUGAAGAGCUACUUGCGGUCUCUCCGUUCUAAAGAGGUACUGAAGCAUGCUCUUCCCCCGCUGAAGAAGAUGAUUCAGAUGGCUGGUGAGAUAGCGGUCGGGAUGGCAUACCUUAAUGCCAACAAGUUUGUCCAUCGAGACCUGGCUGCAAGGAACUGUAUGGUUGCUGAGGACUUCACUGUGAAAAUCGGAGGAGUCUCAACAACAAGCCGUGAGCUGCGCACUGAACUGAGUGAGUGCUCAGGGGCGGGUGGAAGGUACCACUCAAGUCCGACACUCGCAGUGACCUGGACAAGCAUGGCGGUCAGCUCUGCGUCAAGCUCAGACCGGGCCGGCACACCCGAAGGCACCAGCCCGAUCGAUUCCUCAGCGUCCGACAUCACCAAGAUGCUCUCUGAUGCAGCAAUCUUCAGCUCAUACCCGUAA